AUGUACUUGCCCCCCUUCCCCCUCCUCCCUCUGCUGGUCAGGGCCAAGGCUUUCGACCUUGACCUGGCCCCAUUCUCCCGCUUUCCAUCACCCCGCCCCAUUCUCCCGCUUUCCAUCACCCCGCCCCAUUCUCCCGCUUUCUAUCACCCCGCUCCAUUCUCCCGCUUUCCAUCAACCCGCCCCAUUCUCCCGCCUUCUAUCACCCCGCCCCAUUCUCCCUCUUUCCUUCACCCCGCCCCAUUCUACCGCAUCCCAUCACCCCGUCCCAUUCUCCCUCUUCCCAUCACCCCGCCCCAUUCUCCCGCUUUCGAUCACCCCACCCCAUUCUCCCGCUUUUUAUCACCCCGCCCCAUUCUCCCGCUUUCCAUCACCCCGCCCCAUUCCCCGGCUUCCCAUCACCCUGCCCCAUUCUCCCUCUUCCCAUCACCCUGCCCCAUUCUCCCGCUUUCCAUCACCCCGCCCCAUUCUCCCGCUUUCCAUCACCGCGCCCCAUUCUCCCCCAUCACCCCACCCCAUUCUCCUGCUUUCCAUCACCCCGCCCCAUUCUACCUCUUUCCAUCACCCUGCCCCUUUCUCCCGCUUUCCAUCACCCCGCCCCAUUCUCCCGCUUUCCAUCACCCCGCCCCAUUCUCCCUCUUUCCAUCAUCCCGGCCCAUUCUCUCGCUUUCCAUCACCCCGCCCCAUUCUCCCUCUUUCCAACACCCCGCCUUAUUCUCCCUCUUUCCAUCACCCCGCCCCAUUCUCCCGCUUUCCAUCACCCCGCCCCAUUCUCCCGCUUUCUAUCACCCCGCUCCAUUCUCCCGCUUUCCAUCACCUCGCCCCAUUCUCCCGCUUUCCAUUACCCCGCCCUAUUCUCCCGCUUUCCAUCAACCCGCCCAUUCUCCUGCUUUCCAUCACCCCGCACCGUUCUCCCGCUUUCCAUCACCCCGCCCCAUUCUCCCGCUUUCCAUCACCCCGCCCCAUUCUCCCUCUUUCCAUCACCCCGCCCCAUUCUCCCUCUUUCCUUCACCCCGCCCCAUUCUCCCGCUUCCCAUCACCCCGCCCCGUUCUCCCUCUUCCCAUCACCCCGCCCCAUUCUCCCGCUUUCGAUCACCCCGCCCAAUUCUCCCGCUUUCCAUCACCCCGCCCUAUUCUCUCGCUUUCCUUCACCCCGCCCCAUUCCCCCGCUUCCCAUCACCCCAGCCCAUUCGCCCUCUUCCCAUCACCCCGCCUCAUUCUCCCGCUUUCCAUCACCCCGCCCCAUUCUCCCGCUUUCCAUCACCCCGCCCCAUUCUCCCUCUUUCCAUCACCCCACCCCAUUCUCCUGCUUUCCAUCACCCCGCCCCAUUCUCCCUCUUUCCAUCACCCCGCCCCAUUCUCCCGCUUUCCAUCACCCCGCCCCAUUCUCCCGCUUUCCAUCAUCCCGCCCCAUUCUCCCGCUUUCCAUCACCCCGCCCCAUUCUCCCGCUUUCCAUCACCCCGCCCCGUUCUCCCGCUUUCCAUCACCCCGCCCCAUUCUCCCGCUUUCCAUCACCCCGCCCCAUUCUCCCACUUUCCAUCAUCCCGCCCCGUUCUCCUGCUUUCCAUCACCCCGCCCCAUUCUCCCUCUUUCCGUCACCCCACCCCAUUCUCCUGCUUUCCAUCACCCCGCCCCAUUCUUCCGCUUUCCAUCACCCCCCCCAUUCUCCCGCUUUCCAUCACCUCGCCCCAUUCUCCUGCUUUACAUCACCCCGCCCCAUUCUUUCGCUUUCCAUCACCCCGCCCCAUUCUCCCGCUUUCCAUCACCCUGCCCCAUUCACCCGCUUUCCAUCACCCGCCCCAUUCUCCUGCUUUCCAUCACCCCGCCCCAUUCUCCUGCUUUCCAUCACCCCGCUCCAUUCUCCCGCCUUCCAUCAUCCCGCCCCAUUCUCCCGCUUUCCAUCACCCCGCCCCAUUCUCCCGCUUUCCAUCACUCCGCCCCGUUCUCCCGCUUUCCAUCACCCCGACACAUUCUCCCACUUUCCAUCACCCCGCCCCAUUCUCCCUCCUUCCAUCACCCCGCCUCAUUCUCCCUCAUUCCAUCACCCCGCCCCAUUCUCCCGCUUUCCAUCACCCCGCCCCAUUCUCCCGCUUCCCAUAACCCCACCCCAUUCUCCUGCUUUCCAUCACCACGCCACAUUUUCCCACUUUCCAUCACCCCGCCCCCUUCUCUCUCCUUCCAUCACUCCGCCCCAUUCUCCCUCCUUCCAUCACCCCGCCCCAUUCUCCCGCUUUCCAUCAGCCCGCCCCAUUCUCCCACUUUCCAUCACCCCGCCCCCCCAUUCUCCCGCUUUCCAUCAUCCCGCCCCAUUUUUUCGCUUUCCAUCACCCCGCCCCAUUCUCCCGCUUUCCAUCACCCUGCCCCAAUCUCCCGCUUUCCAUCACCCCGCCCCAUUCUCCCUCCUUCCAUCACCCCGCCCUAUUCCCCCGCUUUCCAUCACCCUGCCCCAAUCUCCCGCUUUCCAUCACCCCACCCCAUUCUCCCUCCUUCCAUCACCCCGCCCCAUUCUCCCGCUUUCCAUUACCCCGCCCCAUUCUCCCGCUUUCCAUCACCCAGCCCCAUUCUCCCGCUUUCCAUCAACCCGCCCCAUUCUUCCGCUUUCCAUCACCCCGCCCCAUUCUCCCGCUUUCCAUCACCCCACCCCAUUCUCCCUCCGUCUAUCACCCCGCCCCAUUCUCCCGCUUUCCAUCACCCCGCCCCAUUCUCCCUCCUUCCAUCACCCCGCCCCAUUCUCCCUCCUUCCAUCACCCUGCCCCAUUCUCCCGCUUUCCAUCACCCUGCCUUGUUCUCCCGCUUCCCAUAACCCCACCCCCUUCUCCCGCUUUCCAUCACCCCGCCACAUUCUCCCGCUUUCUAUCACCCCGUCCCAUUCUCCCUCCUUCCAUCAUCCCGCCCCAUUCUCCCGCUUUCCAUCACCCCGCCCCAUUCUCCCGAUUUCCAUCACCCCCCCCCAUUCUCCCGCUUUCCAUCACCCCGCUCCAUUCUCCCGCUUUCCAUCACCCCGGCCCAUUCUCCCGCUUUCCAUCAUCCCGCCCCAUUCUCCCUCCUUCCAUCACCCCGCCCCAUUCUCCCUCCUUCCAUCACCCCGCCCCAUUCUCCCGCUUUCCAUCACCCCGCCCCAUUCUCCCGCUUCCCAUAACCCCGCCCCAUUCUCCCGUUUUCCAUCACCCCGCCACAUUCUCCCACUUUCCAUCACCCCGCCCCCUUCUCUCUCCUUCCAUCACCCCGCCCCAUUCUCCCUCCUUCCAUCACCCCGCCCCAUUCUCCCGCUUUCCAUCAGCCCGCCCCAUUCUCCCGCUUUCCAUCACCCCUCCCCUUUCUCCCGCUUUCCAUCUCCCCGCCCCAUUCUCCCGCUUUCCAUCACCCCGCCCCAUUCUCCCGCUUUCCCUCACCCCGCCCCAUUCUCCCGCUUUCCAUCACUCCGCCCCAUUCUCCCGCUUUCCAUCACCCCGACCCAUUCUCCCACUUUCCAUCACCCCGCCCCAUUCUCCCUUCUUCCAUCACCCCGCCUCAUUCUCCCUCCUUCCAUCACCCCGCCCAAUUCUCCCGUUUUUCCAUCACCCCCGCCCCAUUCUCCCGCUUUUCAUCACUUAGCCCCAUUCUCCCGCUUUCCAUCACCCCGCCCCAUUUUUCCUCUUUCCAUCACCCCGCCCCAUUCUCCCGCUUUCCAUCACCCUGCCCCAAUCUCCCGCUUUCCAUCACCCCGCCCCAUUCUCCCUCCUUCCAUCACCCCGCCCCAUUCUCCCGCUUUCCAUCACUCCGCCCCAUUCUCCCGCUUUCCAUCACCCAGCCCCAUUCUCCCGCUUUCCAUCACCCCGCACCAUUCUCCCGCUUUCCAUCACCCCGCCCCAUUCUCCCGCUUUCCAUCACCCCGCCCCAUUCUCCCUCCUUCCAUCACCCCGCCCCAUUCUCCCGCUUUCCAUCACCCCGCCCCACUCUCCCGCUGCCCAUAA